CCAGCUCGCAUCGCGCUCGGAUCUUCCGGUCAAGAUGUCUCCUGGCCUAUUCCAGUUUAAUGAGGCCCGACAGAAAUUCAGUAUUUGUACAAAAGAAGCUUUAAACAGCAAGAAUGUCAAGCCACUAAUUCUUAUCUUCAGCCAGUUGAGUGGCGGUGAAACAGAAAAGAAAACAACAUUGGAUCAGGCGUUCAGAGGUGUUCUUGAAGAAAAAAUUUUAGAACAAGGGGAAUGUGAAGAUUUCUUGUCUAUUAUCUCCCUUAGCAUUAAUGGAGUCACAGAAGGUAUCUGCUCUGCAACAACACCCUUUCUGCUGCUUGGUGAUGUUCUUGAUUGCCUUCCUCUUGACCAGUGUGACAGAAUAUUCACUUUUGUUGAAAAAAAUGUUGGAACUUGGAAAUCCGCAACAUUUUACUCUGCUGGAAAAAACUACUUAUUAAGAAUGUGCAAUGAUCUCCUCCGAAGACUUUCCAAGUCACAAAACACUGUUUUCUGCGGAAGAAUUCAGUUAUUCUUGGCUAGAUUGUUUCCUUUAUCAGAAAAAUCUGGACUCAACUUGCAAAGCCAGUUUAACCUAGAAAAUGUCACUGUGUUUAACACUAAUGAACAAGAUAGUACCCUGGGGUUGAAGAAGUUGCAGCACACUGAAGAUAGAGAAGAUGGAAUGGAAGUUGAAGAAGGAGAGACAGGCGAUGAGGAGCCUACUACAACUUGCUCUGUUCCAAUUGAUUACAACCUAUACCGCAAGUUUUGGUCACUCCAAGACUUCUUCAGAAAUCCAUUGCAAUGUUAUGAGAAAAUUUCUUGGAAGACAUUUCUGAAGCAUUCAGAUGAAGUGUUGGAUGUUUUCAGAAGCUACAAACUGGAUGAUAUGCAGGCUUCAAAGAAGAAGCAUGAAGAAUUAAAAUCUCCAGGCGAGGAACAUGUUUACUUUGCUAAAUUCUUGACUAGCGAAAAGUUGAUGGACCUACAACUGAAUGACAGCAACUUUAGACGGCAUAUUCUUUUACAAUAUUUGAUAUUGUUUCAAUACCUGAAGGGCCAAGUCAAAUUUAAAAGCUCCUACUGUGUGUUGACUGAUGAACAAUCUCUCUGGAUUGAAGAUACCACCAAAGCAGUUUAUCAGUUAUUCAAAGAGACACCACCUGAUGGGGAAAAAUUUUCUAGCAUGGUAGAGCAUAUACUGCACAGUGAAGAAAAUUGGAUCGCAUGGAAAAAUGAAGGUUGCCCAAGUUUUGUUAAAGAAAGACCACCUGAAUCCAAAGUUCCAAAGCCUGCAAGAAAACGACCUGCUCCUGAGGAUUUCUUUGGGAAAGGACCAGGCAAGAAGGUCUUGAUGGGAAAUGAAGAACUGACACGGCUUUGGAAUCUCUGUCCUGACAACAUGGAGGCCUGUAAGUCUGAAAGCAGAGAGUUUAUGCCCACUUUGGAGGAGUUUUUUGAAGAAGCUAUUGAGCAAGCUGAUCCAGAAAACAUGGUUGAAGAAGAGUACAAGGUGGUAAACAAUUCCAAUUAUGGCUGGCGGGCUUUGAGGCUGCUUGCAAGACGAAGUCCACACUUCUUCCAGCCAACUAAUCAACAGUUCAAGAGCUUGCCUGAGUACCUAGACAACAUGGUUAUCAAAUUGGCUAAGGAACUACCUCCUCCUUCUGAAGAGAUAAAGACAGCAGAGGAUGAAGAUGAGGAAGAAGACAAUGAUGAUGCAUUGCUAAAGGAAAGCACUGAAACCAACAACAGCAGGCUACCUGACAUCAUCGUCUGGUGACAAAAGGCUGCUAACGACCUCUCCCAAGCAGUUAAUGGUUGCUAUCAGGCCCUGAUGUGCAGACUAAGCUUGUAACAGGUGAACAGAUAGAUAUACUUGCCAACAAACUUGGAGAGCAGUGGAAAGUAUUGGCACCACACUUUGAAAUGAAGGAGUCUGACAUCCGAGGAAUUGAAUCCGAUAGCGAGGAUGUGAAGAUGCGUGCUAAACUGCUGCUGGUUGCCUGGCAUGAUCGGGAGGGAUUGCAAGCUACAGUGGAGAAUUUUUUGUCUGCACUGAUCGAUGCUGGUUUAACUGAACUUGCAGAAAUCCUGACAAAUGAGGCUGAUAGUAUCAGCUAGUCAAUUGCUGAAAAACUAAGCAAGUGUACAAAUUGAACAAGUAGUUUUUUUUUACUGUUCUACUUUAAGUAAAAGGAGGUGGUUAAUUUUACAAAAGUGACUUUUUUAUAAACCCAUUUCUUGGAUAUGGGAGUUUCUAGUUAUUUCUGUUACAAAAAGGGUUUUUUAAGUAGAUGAGCAAAAACUUGGAAUGGUGUUCAUUUUCACCAUUGCAGAAGUUCAUUUUGAAAAUGGGGAUUUCUUCAUUAAAUUUAAAGGUGGCUGACUGCCAUGUUUUAGUUUAACCUCAAUAACUACUUUGGCAUACAUCUGUAUUCAGUUUGAUUAGUGGACGGAUGUCAGUAUCAGUGGCUGCUACCCUCUGAGUUAAGGGUAACAGCAUGUAUAUACCAGUAAGUAAAUAUGACCAGCUGUUCAAUGUUCCUGAUUAUGGAUAAAUGGCCAAACAAUCCUUGUUGAUUUGUGAACUCAAGUGCUUUUGAGCCAGCUGGUCAAAAGAGCUCCAGCUAGGAAAUAUAUUGUGAUGAUAAAAGGCAUAAUUUUUCAAUCAACUCAGCUUUUUAGUCUGUCUUUUUACCCCUCCCAGUUUUCCAUGGGCCUCUAUUCAGUGUUAUGGAAUGUUAUUUGCAUUUCUCACACUGGUGCCACCUCCUUUGAGUUUCCUUAUGCCAUACAUCAUCCCCAAUUAAAACAGAUGAACGACCUCAGUCAGUUCCAUUCCAAAACAACCUACUAAGAAGAGUACAAGAGUAGAUUGCAGAAACAUGGUUCCUUUUUAUUUUUCCAUCUAUUUCUGUGGGCAUGUCUCAGCUUCAGAAUUCCCCAUGCCACCAAAACUAAGAUCAAGAAUUCUAGCGUCCAAAGAUUGCAGAUGUGAUACCUGACUCAUCAUAUUGUGUCAGCACACUGCUACAUGAUUUCAACUCAUUUAUGAAUUGCAUGUGACUGUUUAAUAAAUGAAUGAUUCUUACCAAAA